AUGGAUUACCAGAACCGUGCUGGUUCCAAAUUCGGUGGAGGUGGUGUCGCAUCAACCUCAGCAACAAAUGCAGACCGACGAGAACGACUGCGCAAGCUCGCCCUCGAAACCAUCGAUUUAGACAAAGACCCAUACUUCUUCAAGAACCAUGUCGGCUCUUUCGAAUGUCGUCUGUGUCUCACAGUCCACCAGAAUGAUGGUUCAUACCUCGCUCACACCCAAGGGCGCAAGCAUCAAACCAACCUCGCGCGUCGCGCUGCCCGUGAACAAAAAGAAGGACGAGCAGGCACAGAUCCCGUCACCGGCUUACCGAUUGGCAUGGUAGGAGCCCAAGUCAACGUCAGAAAGAACAUCAUCAAAAUCGGUCGACCCGGGUACAAAAUCACAAAGAUCAGAGAUCCAGUUACUCGACAACAAGGCCUACUAUUUCAACUACAGUACCCCGAGAUAAACCCCGAGAUCCAGCCCAAGGUUCGAUUCAUGAGCGCGUAUGAGCAGAAGGUCGACGAUCCUCCGGACAAGAACUUUCAGUAUAUGUUGGUGGCGGCAGAACCCUAUGAGACUUGUGGAUUUAAGCUGCAGGCGCGAGAGGUGGAUCGUACGAAUGAUAGGUUCUGGACGUGGUUUGAUACGGACUUGAAGGAGUUUUGGGUACAGGUCAUGUUUAAGACGGAGAGAGAGGAGAGAUAUAGUGGGGUGCCUGGUUUGGCGCCUGUGGGACUCCCAAGGAGAUAA